AUGUGCGGUCAGUGGCUCCUCUCCCAUAACUCGCUGGCAGCCACACACAGCCCUCCCAGGAACAACAGACCUACACUCCUCACAGCCCUCCCAGGAACAACAGACCUACACUCCACACAGCCCUCCCAGGAACAACAGACCUACACUCCACACAGCCCUUCCAGGAACAACAGACCUACACUCCUCACAGCCCUUCCAGGAACAACAGACCUACACUCCUCACAGCCCUUCCACAGGAACAACAGACCACAGCCCUUCCAGGAACAACAGACCUACACUCCACACAGCCCUCCCAGGAACAACAGACCUACACUCCACACAGCCCUUCCACAGGAACAACAGACCACAGCCCUUCCAGGAACAACAGACCUACACUCCACACAGCCCUCCCAGGAACAACAGACCUACACUCCACACAGCCCUUCCACAGGAACAACAGACCACAGCCCUUCCAGGAACAACAGACCUACACUCCACACAGCCCUUCCAGGAACAACAGACCUACACUCCACACAGCCCUUCCAGGAACAACAGACCUACACUCCACACAGCCCUUCCAGGAACAACAGACCUACACUCCACACAGCCCUUCCAGGAACAACAGACCUACACUCCUCACAGCCCUUCCAGGAACAACAGACCUACACUCCUCACAGCCCUUCCAGGAACAACAGACCUACACUCCUCACAGCCCUUCCAGGAACAACAGACCUACACUCCACACAGCCCUCCCAGGAACAACAGACCCACACUCCACACAGCCCUUCCAGGAACAACAGACCUACACUCCUCACAGCCCUUCCAGGAACAACAGACCUACACUCCACACAGCCCUUCCAGGAACAACAGACCUACACUCCUCACAGCCCUUCCAGGAACAACAGACCACAGUCCUUCCAGGAACAACAGACCUACACUCCUCACAGCCCUUCCAGGAACAACAGACCUACACUCCUCACAGCCCUUCCAGGAACAACAGACCACAGCCCUUCCAGGAACAACAGACCACAGCCCUUCCAGGAACAACAGACCUACACUCCACACAGCCCUUCCAGGAACAACAUACCUACACUCCUCACAGCCCUUCCAGGAACAGUAGACCUACACUCCACACAGCCCUUCCAGGAACAACAGAACACACUCCACACAGCCCUUCCAGGAACAACAGACCUACACUCCACACAGCCCUUCCAGGAACAACAGACCUACACUCCUCACAGCCCUUCCAGGAACAGUAGACCUACACUCCUCACAGCCCUUCCAGGAACAACAGACCUACACUCCUCACAUCCCUUCCAGGAACAACAGACCUACACUCCUCACAGCCCUUUCCAGGAACAACAGACCUACACUCCUCACAGCCCUUCCAGGAACAACAGACCUACACUCCUCACAGCCCUUCCAGGAACAACAGACCUACACUCCUCACAGCCCUUCCAGGAACAACAGACCUACACUCCUCACAGCCCUCCCAGGAACAACAGACCACAGCCCUUCCAGGAACAACAGACCUACACUCCUCACAGCCCUUCCAGGAACAACAGACCUACACUCCUCACAGCCCUUCCACAGGAACAACAGACCUACACUCCUCACAGCCCUUCCACAGGAACAACAGACCUACACUCCUCACAGCCCUUCCAGGAACAACAGACCACAGCCCUUCCGGGAACAACAGACCUACACUCCUCGCAGCCCUUCCAGGAACAACAGACCUACACUCCUCACAGCCCUCCCAGGAACAACACAUGCAGAGUGGCCGCUAAAGCUUUAGUACAGGGGUAUUCAAAUCCUACCCUGGAGGUCCGGAGUACUGCUGGUUUUAUAGCCCAGGGGUUAUUCAAAUCCUACCCUGGAGGUCCGGAGUACUGCUGGUUUUAUAGACCAAGGGGUAUUCAAAUCCUACCCUGGAGGUCCGGAGUACUGCUGGUUUUAUAGCCCAGGGGUAUUCAAAUCCUACCCUGGAGGUCCGGAGUACUGCUGGUUUUAUAGACCAGGUGUAUUCAAAUCCUACCCUGGAGGUCCGGAGCACUGCUGGUUUUAUAGCCCAGGGGUAUUCAAAUCCUACCCUGGAGGUCCGGAGUACUGCUGGUUUUAUAGACCAGGUGUAUUCAAAUCCUACCCUGGAGGUCCGGAGCACUGCUGGUUUUAUAGCCCAGGGGUUAUUCAAAUCCUACCCUGGAGGUCCGGAGUACUGCUGGUUUUAUAGCCCAGGGGUAUUCAAAUCCUACCCUGGAGGUCCGGAGUACUGCUGGUUUUAUAGACCAGGGGUAUUCAAAUCCUACCCUGGAGGUCCGGAGUACUGCUGGUUUUCCUGUUCUACCUGAUAAUUGAAUAUCACCCACCUGGUGUCCCAGGUCUAAAUCAGUCCCUGAUUAGAGGGGAACAAAGCCUAGCUCUUAUCACUGAACUGAGGACUGUUAGUAAACAAACAUGCUGUUAGCUCUGAGGAGACUAGGCCUUUGGACACAGAUCUAGAAUCAGCCCGCACAGGAUACCCUCUCCCGAUACUAACCUUAACCACAAAACACACUACUGACCUCAGAUCAGUGACUACAGGCAACUUCAUACUCAAUAUUUAAUGUGGCACCAAGACCUAAUGUCACACACACAUGCAGACACACACGUACACACACGUGUACACACACACACACACACACACACACACACACACACACACACACACCUCCAGCCAGCUAGUGUGAGCCAACACUAAGCUGUGAUAAAGCACAUAUUUUACUUAGUGAAAUAUAGAAUACCGUUACAUAUACAUAUAUAUAUAUAUACUGUAUAUAUAUAUAUAAAGACAGAAAGGAUAUUAUAUACAGUGUAAUACUUAGAAAUAAAAAAAACAUUUAAAAAAGA